AUGAUGAAAAACUUUAUAGUUUUUGAGAAAUUAGGAGAAGGUAAAUACUAAGUAACAUAUAUUAAGGAUCAUUUUCUACAGUAUUAAAAGUGAAGAGAUAAUCAGAUUAAUAGGAAUAUGCAAUGAAGAAAGUAAGAAUGGGAUAAUUGAAAGAGAAAGAGAAAGAGAACUCUUUAAAUGAAAUUAGAAUCCUGGCUAGCAUCUAACAUCCUAAUAUUAUUGGUUAUAAAGAAGCAUUUUAUGAAGAAUAAUCAUAAUGUUUAUGCAUUGUAAUGGAAUAUGCAGAUUAAGGAGAUUUAUAAUAACAUAUCUAAUAGCAUAUACAACAUAAGUAAUACUUUCAAGAAAUAGAAAUUUGGAAAAUGAUAUAUUAGGUUGUAUUAGGUAUAUAUUAAUUGUAUAUAUAUUGAAUAGCUUUACGAACGUUACAUUAAAUGAAAAUUUUACAUCGAGAUUUAAAGUCAGCUAAUGUAUUUUUACACCAAAGCAAUUAUAAAUUGGGAGAUAUGAAUGUUUCUAAAGUAGCUAAGAAAGAUUUAGUAUAUACUUAAACAGGAACUCCAUAUUAUGCAAGUCCUGAAGUUUGGAGAGAUUAACCAUAUGAUGCUAAAAGCGAUAUAUGGAGUUUAGGUUGUGUUGCAUAUGAAAUGGCUACACUUAAACCUCCAUUUAGAGCUUAAAAUAUGGAAGGAUUAUAUAAAAGAGUCUAAAGAGGUUUAUUUGAAAGAAUACCAUCUAAAUUUAGUGGAGAAUUAAUGACCAUUAUUGGAUUAUGCUUAUAAGUAUAAAGUAAAUCUAGACCUUCCUGUAAUUAAUUACUUAAUAAUCCUAUUCUAUUAAGAAAUGCUAGAUAAUUCAUUACUGAAAGUAGAAUCUCUUAAUAAACUUAAUCAUCAUAAGCUGGAUCUAAUAUCCUUUUAUAAACUAUUAAAUUACCUAAAAAUUUAAAAUAACUUAAAGAAAAAUUACCUAAAUCUAAAUAUCUUAUUGAAAGUGCUAAUAAAUCUUAUGAUGAAUCUUAAGUUAAUAGUACCUAUCUACCAAAAAUUCAUAAUUAAAAAGAAAUUAGAUCUAAUUGUUCUGUUCCACCCUUAAAAAGUGAUAGAUAUCAAUAAUAAUAAUAAUAAUAAUAAUAAUAAUAACAUGCAUAAAUCAAUUCAUUACAUGAAGAUAGAUCUAAAUCUAUUGCUAAUUCAGUCUAAAUGCUUGAAUAGGAAAGAAUUAGAUAAAAAAAAUUACUUGAAAAAUAACAAAAUCUUAAAAUCAGUGUCAUUCAUUAAAAUGCUAUACCUUACAUCAAUAGUUCUUCCUCUUAAAUUUAAAAUCUAUAUCUAAAUAAACCAAAUAAUCAUGAAUCAAAUUAAUAGAAAUAAUAUUCAGAAGCACCUAAACCAAUCUGGUGGGGAUGAUCA